AUGAAGUUAUCGACAGGGGGUUCCUCUGAUAUGAGUCGUAAAUUUUCGCCGUGUAGGUAUUGGAUUCUCCAAGCAAUAGAUUUUAUCAAGCUCACUAGCAGAUACUUGAACGAAUCUGAAUUGGAUAUUGUCGAAGAUUCUGGGAAAGAGCCAACCGCAAAAAUCGUUGGUCUACUAGACAGGAACAUCAUCCUAGCCAAACAUGAUCUUCCCUUACCUCCCUCUCAAUGUCGAUUCGCGCAUCAACCGGCAUUCCAUCUUGCUUGCUUGGCAAGGGUCCUCUUACAGCUAUCGAGGUUAUUUUUCAAGAAGUUAUCAAGGCACGAGAUGAACAGCCAUACCUUCCCAUUAUCUACCCAGAUGAACUCUGAUCAACUCGAAGCUUUAUGCCAAUUGGCCGAAAAUGUGUUGGCCGAUCACCGCGAUAUUGAGAAUCUCAUUUACUAUGCUGAUGAUCAUAUUGAAGAAGGUGUACCAAUUGAUGCUCAAGCUUUGACUCACAAGGCUGAACUUCUUGCUAGUCGGUUUGAAGGUCCAUUGCUUUGUGUAUUCAGCUAUCUUGUCCCCUUGAUCGAGAGUCUUCCCAAUCGGGACUACUACCGGGAUUGGUUUGAUACAUGGAACUUUCUACUCAAAUUAGCUGUCCAUAGCUUUGUCCAAGCUGCUGAAACCCUUCCAAGUCUUGAGUUCCCAGCCUAUUAUUAG